AAGACAACAAAAAUGUUAAAAAAUAGCUAAAAUGAAAUCAUAAGGUGCAAUAAACAAUAACCAAAAUCCAGCUUUAUCAUCCCUUCUUCCAUUUAUUUGUUAUAUCCUCACAGCUACUUUCUUCUCUCUGAAAAUUUCAUGGCAAUCAGAUUCUCCUUCUCCAAUACUUUCUUUCCCGUCAAUGGAAAGAAUUGUUUGGUUUCACUGAGAACUACAGUGAUUUGUAAUUGUAAUCUUAAGAUUGAAGCUUCUUCAAGUCAUGGAGAAAGAUUCAGCUUAGGAAAGCAGGUUUUUGAGGACAGAGAGAUUGGUGUGAAAUGCUACAGAGAUGAGAAAGGAGAAUUAGUCUGUGAAGGGUACGAUGAGGGUCCUCGGUUUACUGUUCGGCCAUCAGAAUGCAUUGAACUGCAGAGGCAAGCUCGGAGGUAUAAUUUGCUCAGACGAAGGCUUAAUGGCUCUGAAUUUAAGAACUGAAUCUGUGUUACUACUAAGCCAGUGAUGAUGUUUAUGCUGAAUGAUUUUAUAGUAUGUAAUGGAUAAUAAUCAUUUAAAUGAAAGAUCUCUCUUUGAAAACAAAUA